AAUUUAAAAUAAUUUUGCCUAAUUGCUUUAUUCUUGAUAAUAUUUGAUGGGUAAAAAUGUUUCAAUAUGAUUUUAUUAUCAAUUUAUACAACAAAAAUCACUAAAACAUCUCGAGAAACACAGCUUUGUUCGGGAAAGGUAUCAAAAGCGUUAAGGAAUUCGUAGACAUGGAAUGACGUCACGAGUAUUCACCUCGCAUGGUAUUUGACAGGCAAAAAUGGUAAAGAAGCAUCACUGAACUCUCUAAAAUUGAGAAGCAAGAUGAGAAGCAUUUAUUUAUAAUGCAUGUGGCGGCUCUGGGGUGAUUAAGCAAAGAAAGGAGCAAAAUAGAACCAAAGGAACAAUAUCGUAUGGAGCCCUCAGAGGUCGCAGUCGGAGGCAGCUACCUAGUCCAGCGUCCCGACCGCCAAUGGCACAGUGCGGUGGUACUACAACAGAGACCCUCGGGAGCACACACAGAGUACUACGUCCACUAUGACGGACAUAAUCGGAGACUGGACGAGUGGGUGCCCAUUGGACGAUUAAGACGUCAAGAAAGCGAUCCCAACUCCGGUAAAGAUCGCUCUUCCAGUUCCGACCCUCUCCUAGACUCUGACCGAAAGAUCACCAGAAACCAAAAACGGAAACACGAUGAGAUCAAUCACGUACAGAAGAGCUACGAUGAAAUGGAUCCGACGACGGCCGCAUUAGAGAAAGAACAUGAGACGAUCACGAAGGUUAAAUACAUAGAUAGGGUUCAGAUCGGCCGGUAUGAGAUCGACACGUGGUACUUUUCACCGUAUCCUGAUGAGUACAUGAAACAGCCCAAAUUGUACAUCUGCGAGUACUGUCUCAAGUAUAUGAAACUGGAGACGACCUAUCGGCAUCAUCUGGGAGACUGCGGCUGGCGUCAACCGCCCGGUCGCGAGAUCUACCGAAAAGGGACGCUGUCAGUGUAUGAAGUGGAUGGGGCCGAUCACAAGGUCUACGGUCAGAAUCUCUGCCUGCUCGCCAAGCUCUUCCUGGACCAUAAGACGUUGUAUUUUGACGUGGAACCGUUUCUGUUCUACAUUCUCUGUGAAGUGGACAAACAGGGAGCCCACGUAGUGGGCUACUUCUCCAAGGAGAAAGAGUCACUAGAAGGAAACAACGUGGCCUGUAUCCUGGUGCUGCCUCCGUACCAGCGAAAAGGCUACGGAAAACUGCUGAUCGCCUUCAGCUACGAACUCAGUAAGCUGGAAGGCGUGUGCGGCAGCCCGGAGAAGCCCCUCUCCGAUCUGGGAAAGCUCAGCUACCGGUCCUACUGGAGCUGGAUCAUACUCGAGGUGUUGUAUGAGUAUAAGGACAUCGCCAACCUGGCUGUACUCAGGUAAGUCGUGUUUUUAGAGAG